UGAACAGCCACACAAGCACACGAAGUACGAGAUUAGGUCAGUUGUUUACGUCGUCUUGCACUGCAUCAGAUUGUUGCGAGUAAUUUUCUUACACCUGAGUACUCGAAGUAAUGGUUCGUCCUUCCCAGACGUUAUAAGGGAUCGUAAAUCAUUUCCAGAGCCCAGACUUUAUUUUAUCAGCAUUAUCUUUGCGAGUCGUGGAUAAUGGUGAAGAAGACGCAAUCCGGUGCUCGAUAGAGUCUUUAAUCCCUGGGUGAGUGAUGACCGUAGAUUACAAGCCAGAGCGAAGAAAUGACGGUGAAGUGAAAUGAAUUGUUGCUCAAAAUAUCAGCAGUAGCAUCAGCUGUGUACAACGAGAGCUGCAUCUUUUGAAUCUAUCGCGUUUACGGUGAUGAGAAACUGGUUGUUGUGGGAGGGAGUUUUGGGAACGUUACGGUUGAGUUUAUGUUUUCCAGAUCUCCAUUCCGAGUGCACUGAACCAUUUCGUUCCGAAACGAAAGACACCGCCUUCUCUUGCACCUGUGUGCUCUGGCACAAGCCCCGAAGCAUUUUUGGAUCUAUUCAAAUCAGAGACGCCGCGUGCAGCCAGAAUCAGCAGCUCCACCGUAAUCAAUUGAAACGACAGAAUGAAUAAUCACCUGUUGCUGCACCGGCAGCAGCCGGGAUUAUAUCGAAUAAUCCUGCUGUUAGCAAUAUCAGCAACGGUUCACUGCACCACCGGAGGCAGCGAUACCCGGGACUGGUGGCAGAAUACGGUAUUCUAUCAGAUCUACCCACGGUCGUUCAUGGACAGUGACGGUGAUGGGGUGGGGGACCUUCGGGGCAUAACUUCAAAGCUGCAGCACUUGGCUGAUGCGGGAAUCGGUGCUACCUGGCUGUCACCCAUUUUCCGUUCACCGAUGGUUGACUUUGGGUACGACAUUGCAGACUAUACGGCCAUCCAGCCAGAGUACGGAACGAUGGAAGACUUUGACGGAAUGAUGCUGGAAGCGAAUCGAUUGGGGAUUAGGAUAGUGUUGGAUUUUGUGCCGAACCACAGCAGUGAUCAGUGCGAGUGGUUCCAGCGAAGCGUUGCACGAGAGGUCGGAUAUGAUGACUUUUUUGUGUGGCACGAUGGGCUCGUAAAUCCGGACGGGGGCGAUCCGUUGCCACCCAAUAAUUGGCAAUCGGUUUUCUACGGUUCAGCUUGGACGUUCCACCCCCAGCGCGGUCAGUUCUACCUGCAUCAGUUUACGAAGGAGCAACCGGAUUUGAAUUUCCGAAACCCGGCGGUCGUUCAACAGAUGGACGAUGUUAUGCGGUUUUGGUUGGGGAAAGGCGUAGCCGGGUUUCGAAUCGAUGCGGUGAACCAUCUGUUCGAGGUUGAGGACUUUCUGGAUGAACCACUGACUGGCACCGAUUUGGAUCCAUUAUCUUACGGGUACACGCACCACUAUUAUACGAAGGACUUGCCAGAAGCCUAUGAAAUGGUAUAUCAUUGGCGUUCGCUUCUGGACCAAUGGACCCAGGAACACGGUGGGCCGAUGCGCAUUAUGAUGACCGAGGCAUACGCCAACAUAUCAUUCACAAUGAAAUACUACCGCUCGGCGGAUGGCAUCCGGGCCGGAUCGCACAUGCCGUUCAAUUUUCUGCUCAUUACCGAUUUGAACCAAGCUUCCAGUGCUCCAGAUUUCGUGUUCACUAUCAACAAAUGGUUGACCUAUAUGCCCCGCGACCAGAAUGCAAACUGGGUUGUUGGGAACCAUGAUCAACACCGGGUCGGGUCUCGCUUUGGAAAGGAACGAAUUGACUUAAUUAGCGUGCUGUUGAUGACGCUUCCAGGAAUAGCAGUUACCUACUACGGAGAAGAGAUAGGUAUGGUUGACUAUAAGGAUAUUCCAUGGGAAGAUACAAAAGAUCCUACGGCGAGGAAUACAAACAACCAGGUCUACAUGGACUUCUCUCGUGACCCAGAAAGAACACCCUUCCAGUGGGACGACAGCACAAACGCCGGGUUUUCUACGGCAGUCAAAACCUGGCUUCCAAUAAAUCCAAACUACUUACAGCUGAAUUUGAAAAAUCAAAAGCAAGCGGAAAAAAGCCACUACAAGACAUACCAGCAAUUAGUCAAGCUUAGACAGCAUGAAACGCUCCAGAGAGGCACAAUUCAACUCAUUCCAUACAACGAGGAGGUGGUCACGUUUGUAAGAGAACUACCGGACCGCGACAGCUUCUCCAUAGUGUUGAACUUGAGCCCACGGGAGCAACCUGUUGAUUUAUCAAUUUUCGCUCAUCUGUCCGAACAGUUGACGGUGGUGGUGGCAUCCUCUAGUUCUAGCUUCACGACAGGGGAUUUAGUUCGACGCGACGAGCUGUUGAUCGGGCCCUAUGAUGCACUGGUAUUACAGGAAGACAGUAGCAGCAGCCGCACCCGACAACGAUUGAUCCUCCGGAACCCGCUUCCGGUUACGUUGGCAAGUGCGGCAAAGGACAUCGCCGUAAUUGCGUCAGUAUUAAUUGCACUGGGCUCCUGUUUGUACCAGUUUUAUCGUCGUGGCGGUAUUGGUGUUGCCGUUUGGAGCCGACAGGCACUCCUCGGUUGGUGUUACAACAGCGGUUGCGACGACGAAUACAAUGGCAGCGAGAAAAAAAAAAUGUAACCCGAGAGCUCCCGGCAUAGUUGUAGAUUAUCUUGAAUUGUGUGGUUCAAUGGAAAAAAAUAUCUAAGUUUAAUGAGUUCACCGGAAAGGGGCGGAUUGUUGCAUAAUAAUGAUGUAUGAAGCUUAUUGUAAGCCUAGUGCAUUGGGGAGUUGAAUUUUAACAUAAAUGCGAAGUAAAACUAUAUUUCUAGCAAUAAAGGUUAAUAGCGUCCAUUA